CUGCAUCUACCGCCAUCACCAACCUUCUAGCCACCAUCAUCUCCUGCCUGGACUGAUGUAGUUCUCCCCACAUCCCCUCUACAAUCUGUUCUCCACGAAGCAGUCAGAUUGAUCAUUUUGCACUUUUUCCACACUUGUGGCAAAGCAAGCCACGAGGAGGAACCAGACAGUCCUGUUAGUUGUGGCCAGCCCUCAUUCCCUGGAAAUGGCAAACAAGGGGAACAAGAAGCGUUGGCAGUUCUCUCUGGAGGAGAAAAUGAAAGUUGUGGAAGCUGUAGACUCAGGCAAGAAGAAAGGUGACGUGGCAAAAGAAUUUGGUAUCACUCCCUCUACUGUAUCUACAUUCUUAAAGGAUCGCACCAAAUUUGAAGAAAAGGUGCGGGAGGCAUCCGUGGGACCCCAGCGGAAAAGGAUGAGGAGUGCUCUUUAUGAUGACAUUGAUAAGGCUGUUUUUGCUUGGUUUCAAGAAAUCCAUGCCAAAAACAUUCUUGUGACUGGUUCUGUCAUUUGGAAAAAAGCACUAAAUUUGGCCAACGUGCUUGGCUAUGACAAUUUUCAAGCAAGUGUGGGCUGGCUGAACAGAUUUAGAGAUCGCCACGGAAUUGCUUUGAAAGCAGUCUGUAGAGAAGAUAGUGACAGGUUAAUGAAUGGUCUAGGAAUAGAUAAGAUUAACAAGUGGCAUGCAGGGGAAAUUAUAAAACUGAUUGCUGACUACAGCCCAGAUGAUAUCUUUAAUGCUGAUGAAACAGGAGUGUUUUUCCAGUUGCUUCCCCAGCACACACUUGCUGCUAAAGGAGACCAUUGUAGAGGGGGCAAGUAAGCAAAGCAGCAGUUGACAGCACUCUUUUGUUGCAAUGCCUCGGGGACUGAAAAAAUGAGACCAUUGAUUGUUGGUAGGUCAGCCAGCCCACACUGCCUCAAGAACAUUCAUUUCCUCCCUUGUGAUUACUGAGCCAACCAGUGGGCUUGGAUGACAAGGGAUCUGUUUAAUGAGUGGCUGAUGCAAGUGGAUGCCAGGAUGAAGAGGGCGGAACGCCGGAUACUCUUGCUCAUAGACAACUGCUCUGCUCAUAACAUGCUUCCAUGCUUGGAAAGGAUUCAGGUUGGGUAUCUGUCCUCCAACUGUACUGCUGUCCUGCAGCCACUGAAUCUUGGCAUAAUUCACACCAUGAAAGUACUGUACCAGAGCCACCUUCUAAAACAGAUCCUUCUCAAGCUCAACAGCAGUGAGGAUCAAGAAGAGGUGGACAUCAAGCAGGCCAUCGACAUGAUUGCUGCAGCAUGGUGGUCAGUCAAGCCAUCCACAGUGGUGAAAUGUUGGCAGAAGGCAGGCAUCAUCCCUGUGGAAUUUGCAGAAUGUGACACAGAAUCAGCAGCCAGUGAACCAGACAUUACCACUGAAAAGUUGUGGCACACAGUGGCUAUUGCCACCGGUGUCCCAAAUGAAGUAAAUUUCCAGGACUUUGUUACUGCAGAUGAUGAUCUCAUUAUCUCUCAGGACACAGACAUCAUCCAGGACAUGGUGGCUGGCGAAAAUACCAGUGAAGCAGGAAGUGAAGAUGAAGGGGAGGUAUCUUUACCAGAGCAACCAAAAGUCACCAUCACAGAAGCCAUAUCAAGUGUACAGAAACUUAGACAGUUCCUUUCCACUUGUGUAGACGUUCCUGAUGCCAUUUUUGGACAAUUAAAUGGCAUAGAUGAAUAUUUAAUGAAAAGAGUGACACAAACCCUUGUUGAUUCCAAAAUUACAGAUUUCCUUCAAACAAAAUAAUGCAGGAAUUUAUUUCAGAAAAUGUAGUUUACAAGAAUAAAGAUUUCUUUAGAUAGGUUGUUGAGCCAAUUUAAGUAAAGCAAUAUUAUUGUGACAACAUUCCAGUACUCUGAAAUAGCCAAGAAACUUCCUUGAAUGGAAUUUGACUAA